GGACAAUCUCCAAAGCACACCAGAACCUACGAUAGCAAUGUCUCAGUCACUCAACUCCGCACUCGCUGAUCGCGACGUCAACGCAUCGAUUGCAUCCAAUGCGCAGGUCGAAACAGCGCCAGGCGAGGAGAACACCAAGAUGCAAGGCGAGCAGCACAAGGCAGUCUCUGGCCUGAAUGGCAAGAGUAAUGGGACCUACGUCUCUCCCUCGGAUGCUAUUCUCAGCCCCGCCAGUCAGAAGCUUGCAGGCUUCAAGCAAAGACAGAUCAACAAACAAAAUAGCAAGACUGGUCCAACAGCUCGCUCGCUUUUCUCCCGCACAGCCAGCACAGCGAGCCAGCUCGAAGAUUCGGACGACGUAAAGCAGUAGUUGCUCACGAGACCUACUCCCCUGAAAGAUGCCAUAGGCUGGACCUGAAGGCUGCGCUUGCUUUUGCGAUACCCAUAAUGAAUCACUAUUGCCAUUGGCACAAGGCGUUUCUAGGAAUGAGAAUGAUGGGACUUUUGAGCCCUGGGAUGGCAUGGAAUGGAUUUCUCCUUUUGGGAAGGGGUAUCGAAUUGUGGACACUCUUUCGUUUUCUCAUAGACUCUACACUGGAUCAGGACAGAUCAAGCAACUUGGUUAAUGUUGCAAAGCUAAGAGGUCAAGAAAUUGGACUCGCCAAUGUCGUACUCUAAAUUUUUC